AGAUCAUGGCAGAGGAAGAUGUUGUCAGCACUGGUAAAGAGGAUGGUGCUGAUGUCCUGGAGAAGUACAUAGAAAACAUGGACUCUGAGGACCAGAAAGCGUUGGCAUUCACGAUCAUACGUUCCAUCACGUGUAUGCUCAUUAAGAAAGGUGGUAAAUAUGCUGCCAAGAAGUUUGGACAGGAUUCAUUGAUAAGCUCAGGAAAUGUCCUCGGGUCGUUGGAGAGUAUAUGGCAACAAGGUCGAGAGAAAGUUGGCGAUACAGAUGCGGAUGAAUCGUCUAUUGUAAUCGCUAGACUAACUCUACUUUUAGCUGAUAUACUCAGAGUUGGGUUUGAUUCGUAUAAAGCAGUACAGAAACGACCUCCAGAAGAACGUAAGAGUACAGAUAUCGUAAGAUGCGUCAUUAUGGAAGCCGAACGCCGAGGGAUAAAACGUCUUGUGAAGGAUGGAAUUAAACUUGGCCACUCUCUACUGAAGAAAUAUGUGUUGAUCUACACUCACGAGUACAUCAAUGGUACAGUGAAAGCUGGAGUCAACAUUACCACUGCACUCGCUGGACUCCAAGUCGACAUUAGAAUGGCAAAGAAAGACACGAAAGAAGGUCGUUUAACAAAGGAGGAGUUUCAGGCGCAGAUUACGAAGAAAAGCUCUCAGAAGGUGCUAAAGGUCGUUGGUACACUAAUCGGUGAACUGUUAUCAGAACUGUUGUUUGGAGAAUCGUUUGCAGCAGAGGUGUCAAUGAGGUUAGCCUUUGGACAGGCAGGGAAGGCUAUUGGAGGGACUAAAAAAUUGCGCUCAGCAUCUUCCAAAAUACUCACAUGGAGUGGAGUGUUCGAAUAGAGGCAAAAUUGAUCGCUAGAUGUUUACACUAGAAAUCUCUAGUCUAGUUGAUUCUGAAGCAUUGUCACUCUAUUCAGCGUUACACUAGUUUCGUUUGCAAGUUAUAAUCCAGGUGUAAAAAUCCGUAGCAAAGCUUCAACUACAUGGUGCUCAGUCCAGAAUCUUUUGGUACUGUUCUAACCAUUUAUAUCCGGCUGAGUAGGCCCAUCAUUAUUUUAGUAGUGCCCAGGGAUAUCGGAUCCCAUCUACAUGGCCUCAUUUAGUCCUAAUUGUGGUCAUAGACCUGAGACCAUCACAAACUUUGUUUAUGUUAGUCUCAGAUAGACUGAGGAAAAUUGUUGUAUUAGGUCACAGCGAGUAAACAUUGAAUUCGAGGGACACCCACCAGCUACCACACGAUACAGUGAUUUUUUUCAAGUAGCAGUUGAAAAUUUAUAUGAAUUUGAAAAAUCACUUACUGAGUUGACAUUUUAGAUGUU